CACGAACCCCCAGCCCUGAGAUUAAGAGUCUCAUGCUCUACCGUUGAUAGCUGUUUACUACUUGGAAUCAGGGAAGUGCCCGGAGUCCUGCCGCUGCCAUGAACAUGUCGGCCCCCAGCUCACUCAUGAAACAGCCGCCCAUUCAGUCCACGGCCGGGGCCUUCCCGGUCCGCAAUGAGCAAGGUGAGAUUUCGAUGGAGAAAGUGAAAUGUUAUAUGUCUGGAAAGAGGCCAGACUUUGCCCCUAUGGAGUCCUCAGAUGAGGAGGAGGAAGAAUUUCAGUUCAUUAAGAAAGACAAAGCCUCAGCGCCCACGUGGCUGUGUGGACUGCCGCUGGCUCCGCGGCAGGCGGCGGCGAUGGAGCGCCCGGGGCCCAGCGAAGGUGCUGAGACGUCGGGACCGGACCCGCAGCUGGCGGUCACCAUGGGCUUCACGGGGUUCGGGAAAAAAGCUCGUACAUUUGAUUUGGAAGCAAUGUUUGAACAGACUCGAAGAACAGCUGUGGAAAGAAGUCGGAAAACACUGGAGGCAACAGAAAAAGAGGAAGAAAUGAACAGAGAGAAAGAAUUAAGAAGGCAAAAUGAAGAUAUUGAACCUACAUCUUCAGGCUCAAAUGUGGUCAGAGAUUGCUCUAAAUCAUCUUCCAGGUGCUUGACUUUCUCAAAAGGAUUCUGUUUAACGAUCAUUUUCUGUGCCCGCUUGGUGACAGGAGGAUACGACUAUGAUGUUAGGUUUUGGGAUUUUGCUGGAAUGGACGCUUCUUUUAAGGCCUUUCGAUCCCUUCAAACCUGUGAAUGCCAUCAGAUCAAGUCAUUGCAGUAUAGUAACACAGGAGACAUGAUUCUUGUAUCCGGAAGCUCUCAAGCCAAAGUGAUUGACAGAAAUGGUUUUGAAGUAAUGGAAUGUAUAAAAGGAGACCAGUAUAUUGUGGACAUGGCCAACACCAAGGGUCACACAGCAAUGCUUCAUACUGGCUCAUGGCAUCCCAAAAGAAAGGGAGAAUUUAUGACUUGCUCAAAUGAUGCGACUGUGAGGACAUGGGAAGUUGAAAAUCCAAAGACACAACAAAGUGUGUUUAAACCACGUACAAUGCAGGGUAAAAAAGUGAUUCCCACCACGUGCGCAUACAGUAGAGAUGGAAAACUCAUAACAGCUGCCUGCCAGAACGGAAGCAUACAGAUCUGGGACCGGAACCUGACGGUUCAUCCUAAAUUCCACUACAAACAGGCUCAUGACCCGGGUACAGACACUUCUUGUGUGGCUUUUUCCUGUAAUGGUACUGUCCUUGCCUCUCGUGGAGGUGAUGAUUCAUUAAAAUUACGGGACAUCCGACAGUUUAAUAAGCCACUUUUUUCAGCCUCGGGUCUUCCCACCAUGUUUCCAAUGACUGACGAGACCCUGCCCCAGGACCACAUCCUCACCCCUCACGCCUUGUCGCUGUUCCGUGAGCCCCGCCAGCGGAGCACCAGGAAGCCGCUGGAGGACAGACUGGACCCCCUGUGGCGGGCCCAGAACCGUAUCAGUGAAGAUGUGGAAGAGAGAUUGGCUCGACAUCGGAAAAUAGCGGAACCUGAAGUCGCAGGAGAAAGUGACGCAGAAGUAGAAGGAGACGCUUGGCGCCUGGAACGAGAAGACAGCAGACAGACUGGACCCCCUGUGGCGGGCCCAGGUCGUGGCGGCCGGGGGGGAGCCCACGGCGGCACCCUGUCCUCAUACAUCCUGAAGAACAUUGCUUGGAAACAAAAAAAGAAAGAAAGAAAACCAAAGAACAAGAAGCAGAGCCUGAGGAACAGGAGGGGGGGUUCAUCUAGCGACCCCCAACGACGGCGUUUGCAGAACCGUAUCAGUGAAGAUGUGGAAGAGAGAUUGGCUCGACAUCGGAAAAUAGCGGAACCUGAAGUCGCAGGAGAAAGUGACGCAGAAGUAGAAGGAGACGCUUGGCGCCUGGAACGAGAAGACAGCAGUGAGGAGGAAGAGGAAGAAAUGGAUGAUGAGGAAAUAGAGCGGCGCCGUGGCAUGACGCGUCACCGAGCACGGGAGAGACAAAAGGAAGAGGUGGAAGUCAUGGGAGUGGAAGAUGAGGGGCGUCCUGGGGAGGAGCCAGAAUCAGAGUCCGAGUAUGAAGAGUACACAGACAGUGAAGAUGAGAUGCAGCCUCGCCGUAAGCCGGUCUUCAUUCGAAAGAAGGACCGAGUAACAGUUCAAAAACGUGAGGCUGAAGCAUUGAGACAGAAGGAGCUGGAGCAGGAGGCUAAACGCGGGGCUGAGGAGAGGCGCAAGGAUACACCCAAGAUUGUAGAAGAGGAAACCGAGAGAGAGCUGGAGGAGAACAAGCGAUCCCUGGCUGCACUGGAUGCACUGAAUACUGACGAUGAAAAUGGUGAGGAGGAAUAUGAGGCAUGGAAAGUUCGAGAACUAAAGAGAAUCAAGAGGGACAGGGAAGAUCUAGAAGCGCUUGGGAAGGAGAAAGCAGAAAUUUUACGCAUGCGAAGCCUGACUGAGGAAGAGAGGCGAGCUGGGCUUCAUGCAAAUGGCAAAGUUAUUACCAACCAAGCUGUUAAGGGCAAAUACAGGUUCUUACAGAGGUAUUCUCACCGGGGUGCCUUCUCCAUGGAUGAGGGUGAAGAAGUACACAAGAGAGAUUUCAGCGCACCUGCCCUGGAGGAUCAUUUCAACAAAACAAUUCUUCCCAAAGUCAUGCAGGUCAGGAAUUUCGGGCCCUCUGGUCGUACCAAAUAUACCCACCUUGUGGACCAGGACACCACCUCUGAUUCAGCAAGGGGCUAAGAGAGUGCCCAGGACACAAAGUUCUUUCAACAAAAGGCAGCUGGGGUACGAGAUGUAUUUGAACGGCCAUCUGCCAAGAGGCGGAAAACUACUUAAAGGUCAACUACUUAUUCUUCCAGCUGUGGGACACAAGGGCUAUCAAACUCUAUUGCAUGUUUAUACAUUGAAUUU